AUGGACACUGUGGAGGGCCAAAGUGAUGAGUUCUGGGAUGUGGUGGGCGAUACCACAUACUGUGAAACACGGCUACUCGACGUUUUGAAGUUACCCAAAUCGGAGAAAUAUUCCAAGUUGUGGCUCGAUAUCAAGGCCACCGUUACAGUAAUGGUGCUGCCCAGGGAUUUAGAGGAUGAGGAGGAGUUGGAGGACCACUACAAAGUAAUGUUACUAGAAGAUGAUCAAAUGGGACAAACCACCGACGUCGUCGAGUACGAGGAAAAACUUGAGAUUGACCUUUUGAUGGAGGACAAUGCCACAAAAAGGACUUUGGAUACCAUAUCUCAGGAGCUAUCCAAGCUGAUCCACGUCCGUUCUGGGAAUCUUUUAUCCGCCGCGGCUACUAUAUUACGGGAUGCGCGUGCUGUUGCAAGAGAUAAGAGUUUUGUUGUUAGCAAUGGUGCUGAUCAAGGUCGCACCAACCCUGUACUUGUGCAUAUGGAGGCAUUCAUCAGCAUUGAUGCGGUUGACGACGAGCUGCCGGUUGAUGUGCAGCCUGCGUUCGUGCCGGCGAGUAAAUCUUCGAUUGAGAAGUUAGAGAGGGUGAAAGUGGAAGCCUCGUCGCAGGGGGUUUGUUGCUCGAUUUGUCUGGCGGAGAUUGUGGUUGGUUCCGAAGCACUUGGUAUGCCGUGUUUGCAUUUUUACCACGAGGAGUGCAUUGUCGAGUGGUUGGAGAAAAGCCGGUUCUGCCCGCUGUGCCGCUUCUCAAUGCCUACUGACGAUCAUUACUCAUCAUGA